AUGGCGACGGCCAUGGAAGCGAACGACCCUAUGUCGUCACUCCAGCGGUCCGUCUCCCAGCACAGCAGCGCUUCCUACGCAUCCCACGCCUCUCACGUAUCCCACACCUCCAACCGAAGCUCCUCUAGAAGCAACCGAAGCGCAACUGUCCGAGGCCCUCGCGGACGAAAACGACCCAGUCAACCAGUCAGCUCUGCUAGUAGUAUCGCUGCCAGCGACAAGAGUCUCACCAGCUUCCCCAGCUUCUCGCCUGAUAGCCCCGGUAAUAACAGCCUCGACGACCAAAACGAUGGUCCCAACGACACUCCCGUCCCCCCGCCUACGGUGCCCGAAGCUGGGCGCAGUUCAAUCGUCGAUCUUACUGGAAGCUCUAAUGCAAGAAGUGCCUUGUUUGAAGAGGACCACCCAGUACGCAAGGUGCCUGGUUCGUUACACAACGCCGAUGAUGAGCACCUUCAACGGUUAAUAUCACGGCAUGGCGCUGUUGGGCUGAUCAGACAAAUUUCCGAGGACCUCGCUCAACGAGAUGCCCAGAUAGCUAAUAUGCGCCGCCGGGCUGACGAGAGAGAACGUGCUCUUCGUAAAAUUAUUCGAGAAUGCGGUCUCUCUAACCUGGAUCUCGAGACUCGGCUACGGGCCGUUGAGGCCGAGCUCCGCGCAGCCGGCAAGGGACUCCGGAGGGAAGAUACCGGCCUGAGCGACCUUAUGAGUGAUGCGAUGCAGGAUACAGUGGGAGUUACCGCACAUGGCGAGACAACGGCCAAAAGCUCUACUGUUCGAGCUGCGAGUCAAUCUGUCAGCACACCAGGCGAGAACGGAAAAGGUACUCUCAAGGGCUGGAAAGAUUACCUUUGGGGCUCAGGAACCGCAAAACGGGGUACCCGUACCAACAGCAUGAACAGUGAAGUCAACCCUACGACUGUGAUACGAUCGCACUCUAGUAUGGAUCGACGACCAACACUGCAGGACGACCUCUUCAAUCCCCCAGAAACGCAGCCGACCCGAAGUCCAAGCCGAGCGUCCAGUAUCCAGUCAGGAGCAGCGAGUGAGCGCAAAGGAUCGUCGUCCCUUGCAAGCAUGGCAUUACGCUUGGUAGCAGGCGGUGCUAUUAGCACUCGUGAGGCUGAAUCUCGAGGCCGUGCUGUGAGCAAUACCUCAACUAGGGGAGGCUCUCUUCGCGGUGUCUCCACCACAAGCAGUCGAGCGGGUCAGGCUCGUGCAGCAUCAGUCGCCGGCGGUCCCAAGGCAUUGAUGGCGAUGCGUAAAGCGACACCAGGACCAUCUGCUCAAGGGUCAGGCAGGGCGCAGGAACAGGAUCCAUGGGGCAGUAUGCGAGGCAGUCCCCCAGACAACUUAUCAUCACGACAAGAGAGUUAUGGGCCUGUUGAGAUGGACGCCAUUCGAUCACCCGAGUCACAGCCACCAACAUUAACACACAUCUACAACAAUUUUCCGAACAGUGAAUACCUAACUGACAGAUUUGGUUUCAUUUACGACCAACGACGCAAGAAACGACAACGAGAGGCAGCUCAAGUCGCUCGACACAUUCGCAAGGGCAGCCGCACGACAGAGAUGCUGGCAAAUGGCCGAGCUGGCAUUUCACCUAAUGUGUUGGAUGAUGUCCCUAGCCCUAAAGGAAGCACAUCGAGCGACGGUCGUCCCGAGAGCAUCAACAGCAUGGAGGAGCGCAAUGCGGAUGAGGGGAAAGCUAAAAGAUGGACGGACUAUCUGAAGAUUGCGACUUUCCCGACGGAACUACUGAGCCAUACGCCGAGUAUAGCGAUACCGUCGAUAGAGGUGAUGGAAGGAGCUCAAACGCCUGAACCCGAGAUGUACCCCACAGAGCCUGUUAAGCCAGCAAUCGUUUCAACCAACUCUGGCCUGAUCCCGUCGGCCAGUACAACCACAGCGGUGGACAGCGAGACCUCGCAACCCUCUCAGUCAGAGUCAUCGAUUGCGCUCGCUAAAGACGAUACCGAACCUGUCAAGUUGCUACUUCGACAACUGAGUGAUGUUCACGACGCUCUUCAACGCGACAAGGAGGUACGAUGGAAUGAUUUUCUGCGCAAGGUGCGCGCUGAGCGUAAGCGUGAGGGUGAAGCGGCCAUCGCUGCCGCCAAGUCGGCUGCUGAUGCUCGCUACGAACAACCUGCCAUGAUUCUACCCGAAACUCGAGUCGCCGAUGGUGAGAUGAUUGGAGUGUCAGGACUCGGUGUCAAGGGCAAGGUUGGUCGAGCCAAAUGGAACGAGUUCAAGACCCUGGUACUGGGCGGUAUUCCUGUUGCCUAUCGUGCCAAGGUUUGGUCCGAGUGCUCUGGAGCCGCUGCUCUUCGCAUUCCUGGCUAUUAUGAAGAUCUGGUUACUCAAAAUGGCGAGGACGAUGAUGCUGUUGUUGUCAGUCAAAUCCAGAUGGACAUCAACAGAACAUUGACAGACAACAUCUUCUUCCGCAAGGGUCCGGGCGUCAAGAAAUUGAACGAAGUAUUGUUGGCGUAUUCCAGACGCAACAGGGACGUUGGCUACUGCCAAGGCAUGAACUUGAUCGCCGCCAACUUGUUACUCAUGAUGCCGUCAGCCGAAGAUGCUUUCUGGGUUCUGACAUCAAUCAUCGAGAACAUCCUUCCCCAUGGCUACUACGACCACUCACUUAUGGCAUCGCGUGCAGAUCAACAAGUGCUGCGACAGUACGUUGCACAGGUCCUACCCAAGCUCUCAGCACACCUUGACUCUUUGUCGAUUGAGCUGGAGGCGUUGACCUUCCAGUGGUUCUUGUCCGUGUUUACGGAUUGCCUCAGCGCAGAGGCUCUUUUCCGCGUUUGGGAUGUUGUACUCUGCACCAACGAUGGCAGUACGUUCCUUUUUCAAGUAGCUCUCGCGCUACUCAAGCUCAACGAAGGAAACCUGCUGCAAUGCAACACACCUGCCGGGAUUUACACAUAUAUCAGUCACCAGAUGACAGAGCAUGCUAUCAGUAUUGAUGGCCUGCUCCAGGCAAGCGAAGGACUGCGAAAGGUCGUUCGCCGCGAAGAUGUUGAACAACGAAGAGAGAAGGCGAUACAGGCCGAAAAGGAUAUGACGAUGGCUCGCGAUGGAGACUCGGCCAGGAGAAGACCCACCGCCGAGACCGAGAGUGAAACAGGAGUAUUUCAGUCAGGCGACGAGUAA